AUGAAUAAUGAAAAUGAUAUAUUGGAAAUGCUUGACAGGAUCGAUGAAGAAGGGAUAUCUAUGUCAGAUGACUCAUAUAUUGACUCUGAUUAUGAAGCAUCUGAAAGAAGUGAUGGAAAUUCGAUAAUAACAGAUAGUGAUGUGGACCAUACGACUACUCCAUCCAAUUCCAGUGACAACAAUGUUUCUUUCGAUCAAAAUAUAAAUUUUAGACCAGUAAAUGAACCAGUAAGUGAUGUUAGUAUUCAAAGUUUUAGUAGUGAUGAUGAAUCUGAUGUAAGUGACUGGGAAGAAAACAAACUCGAUGAAAUUGAAGAUUUUAAUUUUGAUAAUAAUAGUGCAGGAAUAAAAAUUGAAAUAAACGAUGAUUCUUCACCAAUUGAUGUAUUCUUAAAAAUAUGGGAUGAUGAUAUUUUUGAUUUAAUUCUUACUUGCACUAAUAAUUACCAAAAAAAAAUAAAUUCUUUAAAUCGUCCGCACACAAAAUAUGGCAGAUUGAAGAAUGUAAGUCCAGUUACUCGAGAAGAUCUGGAAAAGUUUUUCGGUCUUUGUUUAUUGAGAGGUCAGCUAAAACUUCCAGUAUUAAGAAAUGCUUUUAGUUCUAAUCCCUUAUACUAUCAUCCAAUUUUUAAUGCAACAAUGUCAGGUAGAAAGUUUGAAAAAAUUUUGAGAUCUCUGAACUGUUCAGAAGGUUUAAACCUAAACACCAGAGAUAGAUUAUAUAAAGUUACAGUUUUAAUGAACAAACUUAUAAAAAAAUUUCAAGACAGCUUUAGUCCAGAAGAAGCCUUGUCCUUGGAUGAAUCUAUGCUGCUUUGGCGUGGGCGACUAAUAUUUAGGCAGUACAUUAAAAAUAAAAAACAUAAAUAUGGUAUCAAGUUCUAUGAACUAUGCUCACCAGAUGGCUAUGUACUUAAUAUUGAAAUAUAUAAAGGGAAAAAUGUUGAAGUAACAGGUAAUUCAAAAAUUAAUGAUUUGGUUUUAAGACUAGUUAAACCAUACUUGAAUAAGGGACAUCAUCUUUACAUGGACAAUUAUUAUAAUUCAGUCAAUUUAUCAAACAUAUUGUAUAAACAAAGAACUCACACAACUGGAACACUUCGAUCAAAUAGGAAAAACAAUCCUACAUCAAUUGUUAAAAAAACUUUGAAAUUAAAAAAAGGAGAUCAUUGUUUUGCAAAAAAAGGACCAGUUUAUGUCAGUCGUUGGAAGGAUAAGAGAGAAGUGUUUUCUAUAACCACUGGUCAUCAUCCAGAAAUGGUAAUUACAUCUAAUAGAUUUUGUCAACAACAAAGUACAAAGCCCAGACAUAUUGUUGAGUAUAAUAAAAAUAUGUCUGGUAUUGAUAGAAGUGACCAAAUGGUGAGUUAUUAUUCAUCACCAAAAAAAACAAUUCGAUGGUACAAAAAAGUAAUUUUUCACUUGCUAGAUAUAUCUAUGUGGAAUGCAUAUUAUUUAUAUAAAAAAAAAUUGAACAAUAUAAACCUUCGUUAUAUUGAUUUCCACUCAUCUGUAAUAACAAAACUUCUUCAUUUACCCGAAAAUAUUGUACAUGGCAGUCAAUUGGUAAAUAAAAAAAACAUCAGAAUAAGGACAUCUGAUAAACCAAGAAACACAUCAGUGGUAUUAGAACAUGUACAAGAAAAAAUACCUCAUCCUCCAGGUUGGAAGAGAAAAGGGUAUUACUUAAGAUGUAGACAAUGUACAAGCCAAAAACAAGUGAAACAGACUUCAUGGAGGUGUAAGAACUGUCCUGAAAAACCACCUUUGUGUCCUGGGCCUUGUUUUUUAGAUUAUCAUAGUGUUGCAUAG